AUGCCUCCUCAUCCGGGUCUUGAUAUGAUCUCCAACCCCGAAGAAUUGAAGCACUUGUGCCCUGCCUUUGCUUCGGGCUGUCCUUAUGCUAAAAUGGAGGAAGUCGAAUCUGUUGCCGUCUCAUUCGGUGAAUUGUCUAAAUGCCCGGCUUUCCAAAAGGGCUGUCCUUUCUCCAACAAGUCCAAGGAAGAGAUUUCCACUAUGUUGUCGCAAAUUCCCAAGGAACAUCCCGUAUUGAAUAUGGAUGAAAUUCCUUCGUGUGCCGAAGGUGUGAUGCUUGUCAAUCUGUUGAACCAGUUCUUGACUCAAGCUCAAUUGGAUACCCUGUUUGAAAAGCGCGGCAAACCCGAAGAGCCCGUUGUGCCGGCUGAAGAACAAAAGGCUAUUGAAGAGCAACUUUUGGAAGAUCCUCAACUGGCCUCGGCCAUGCGUGAAGGCACCAAAGUCGUGCAUCGCGCUGCCGAAACCAGUGUAUUCACAAAGCGUUUCUUGAAGGGUGAUAUCAACAAGCCUGAAUAUGGCCGCUACAUCAACUCGCUUUACUUUGUUUACCAGACAAUGGAAGAAUUGCUUGAAAAGCACAAAGCCAACCCCGUCAUUGAGCUUAUUCACUUUCCUCACGAAUUGAACCGUAAAGAAGCUCUCCUCAAUGAUUUGGAAUUCUAUUACGGCAAGGACCGCGUGGCCGGUUUGAUUGAUCCUAGCACGAUGACCCCUGCUGUCAAGACAUAUGUCCAAGCCAUGCAUGAUGCUUGUGCUACCAACCCUGCCUUGCUCAUUGCUCACAGCUACUCCCGUUAUCUCGGUGAUUUGAGUGGUGGUCAAAUCCUUGCCAAGCGUUUGAAGAAGCACGUUUUCGGUAUGGAGGAAGAUGACGGUUCCUGGGAUACCAAGGACGGUCUCAACUUUUACUAUUUCGAUAACCUCGGCAACCAAACCGAGUUCAAGAACUUUUACCGUGAACGCUUAAACGCCGCCAAGGUGGAUGCCAAAACCAGAGAUCUUAUUGUGGAGGAAGCCGUCCGAUCUUUCGAAUUGAAUAUUGCCGUGUUUGACGAGAUCCAAGUGCUGUCUGAAACCGGUCAAUUGACCCCUACCGUGGGCGCGGACAAGGCAAAGAAAGAGUCCGUUGUCGAGGCACCUGCAUCUGCUGCUGCUGCUCCCAAAGAGACCAAGGGCAGCUGCUGCAGUGGAGCCGUCCAGUGGGUGGGUGUGGUGGCUGCGGCAGUGGCUGUGGCUGCGGUGGGUGCUGCUGUUUAUCAGCGUUACGCACGACAGCAAUAA